AUAGAUGAAAAAAAUAAUAUGAUAAAUGAGUCAGAAUCACAAAGUGACUCUGACCCUGAAUAUCUUGAUAACUCAAUUGAAUUACGUGGUUAUCUUAAUAAGUGGACAAAUUAUAUCUAUGGUUGGCGGCCGCGUUAUAUUGUACUAAAAGAUGGCACGUUGUCCUAUUAUAAAUCCGAGUCCGAAUCAGACUUUGGCUGUCGUGGUGUUAUAAGCUUACGUAAAGCCAUAAUUAAAACAUAUGAAUCGGAUGAACUUCGUUUUGAUGUUGUUGUCAAUAAUUCCAAUAAUUGGUGUUUACGUGCCGAUACACCGGAAGAUCGUAUGCACUGAAUCGAGGUAUUGCAAAUGUAUACAGAGGAUAAUGCCAGCACAACGGAUACGACAUCAUUAAAACGUCAUGGAAGUAACGUAUCUUUGCAAUCCACUACAAUAUCGGUAGCAAGUGGUGGCAGUUUGAAAAGGACUCAAUACAAUCUUAACGAAAAAAUCGACGAAAUUGAAACAUUUAAGAAAAUAUUAUUUGGACAAAUAGAAACAUUACAAAGAUAUUUUGAUGUCUGCGCAGAAACCAAUAAAGCACCGGGUAAAUCUUUCGAUUUCGGUUUUGAUUUAACAUCGACGGAUUUUAAAGGGGAAUCUAUAACAUUUCGGGCCACCACUACGGGGGUUCUUAAUACAUUACAGCAUUGUUUAGAAAUAAUAUCGGAAAGGGCUCUUACGUGGAAGAGGAAAUUGGAACGCGAAAUUGAAAAACGGAAAAAAUUAGAAGAACAAAUUAGAAAAUAUAAAUUGGAAAUUGAAAAAUUCAAAAACAUUUCUUAUCCGGGGCCAGAUUUUGAAGAAGGGCCACAUUCCCCAUUACCCGAGGAUGAAUUUUUCGAUGCUGUAGAAACCGGUCUAGAUAAAAUCGAAGAAGACAUGCAAUUACGGGCAAAAUUAAAACUGCAAACGCAACUUUCGCAGAUAUCCGUCCAUAGUUAUACAGCAUUAGGUUUGAAUCAGCCAGUGGAUGACAAUUUGGUAGAUGAUGAUGAUAAAGAGUUUGGUACGGGUUCUUUGGCAAGCGGUCAUAGUCUUUGGCCUGAGAUAGAUCGAGUCUGCGAAGAACAGUUGCAGGGUAUCAACCUAUCAAAUCCUUAG